AUGAAAGCCUCUACUUGCAUACUCAUCAGCGGACUCGCUGCUGUUUGCGCCUCAGCGAGUACUAUCGAACCAAAAUUCCGCAUUUCUCCGAUUGAUGGAUCCAAGAUUGCGUUACCAACAAAGGAACAGCUUGCCUUCCAAGAUAAAGAAAUAGGAGUCCUCAUUCAUUUUGAUAUAUCGACAUAUCUCAGCAUUGAUGGCUGCAAUAAUGUGCCGAAUUUUGUGCCAAAUCCCUCGAUCUUUGAUCCAGCCUUGCUGAAUACUGACGCAUGGAUGGAUUCGAUCAUCGCGGUAGGCGCAAAGUAUGCUACGCUGGUUGCAAAGCACAAUUGUGGAUUCACUUCUUGGCCCAGUACAGUGGUAUUCCAGGACAUUAAUAACAAAACUGUUCCAUACAACUAUACGAUUGCCCAGUCACCCGUGCGUGGGGAAAAUGUGGUCCAAAGCUUUGUGGAUUCCGCCGAGAAAUAUGGUAUCGGUCAUGGAUUUUAUUACAGUUUGACGGUUAACAACUACUUGAAUGUACAAAACUCUGAUGUUCGUUGGAAUGCUUGGGCCGCUGGACAAGUGAAUAUCACAAACAGCACAUAUGAUCAAAUCGUCUACGAUCAGUUGAGCGAGCUUUGGGGCAACUACGGGAACCUGACGGAGGCGAGUGAGAGCCCGAAUAAAAAGAAAAUUAUCUGGUUUGAUGGAGGAUACAGUAGCUCUCAGCAGGAGAGAGUUGAGGCUCUUCUUCAAGAGACGCAACCUCAAGCUGUGGUUUUCAACGCAUGCGAAACGAAUGGAACUUGCUUAACUGCAAACUCAAUCAGAUGGAUUGGAACGGAAACAGGGCAAGCUCCCGAGGAAAACUGGUCAACUGGAGUCACAAAUGAUGGGGGUGACCCUACGAGCCCCUACUUUUGCCCAGCCGAGUGUGAUACAACUCUCCAAACUGACGACCGUUGGUUUUUUGGUGUUGAUCAACCAUUGAGGUCCAUUGAAGAAAUGAUUGAUGUUUAUCAUCAAACUGUCGGUCGCAAUUGUCUCCUUGAACUUGAUCUCACUCCUGACCGAAGUGGUCUCAUACCGGCUAAUUAUGCCGCUCGGUAUAAGCAACUGGGUGAUUUCAUUAAAUCAUGCUACGCCACCUCAAUAUCAGAAAACGCGCAACAUUCAUCCACGCAAACUGGUGAAUAUAGUAUCGAAUUGGGUUAUCCCACCGCUAUUGACAGAAUUGUUUUGAUGGAAGAUCAAUCUGAUGGCCAGGUGAUUCGCUCAUAUCAGGUCUUUGCGAAGAUUGUCGAUAGCCAGGAUGCGAACGGUACAUUGGCAGUCCCAUUCACCUUGGUAUCAAAUGGUACAAGCAUCGGCCACAAAAAGAUAGACAUCUUCGAAAAGGCGAUAACCACGACAGAAGUCUUUGUUAAUACCACUUAUGUUGAUAUCCCCAAGUGGAGCCAAAUUUCCCUUCAUCUGUGUGAUCAAUUGGCGGCAAAUGGCACUUCAAUUGAAGAAGACUGA